AUGGAUGCAUUCAUGAGAUGUGGAGAUUUAGCAAAAGCUGUUGCAAAACAAUGCGUUGUGUUUAAUUGCUCUGACGGUUUGGAUUACAAGGCAAUGGGUAAAUUCUUCAAAGGUCUAGCUCAGUCUGGUGCAUGGGCCUGUUUUGACGAGUUCAAUCGAAUCGACUUGGAGGUACUCUCGGUGAUUGCUCAACAGAUUCAUACAAUCCAAAUGGCGAUUGCUCAGGGUCUUAAGCAAUUUGUCUUUGAAGGUACUGAACUCCAACUUGAUCCCACGUGUACUAUAUUUAUCACCAUGAAUCCUGGAUAUGCAGGUCGUCAGGAGUUACCUGAUAACUUGAAGGUUCUCUUCAGAUCCGUGGCAAUGAUGGUUCCUGACUAUGCGUUAAUUGGUGAAAUUUCACUUUACUCAAUGGGUUUCGUUGAAGCUAAAGCACUUUCGAGUAAGAUUGUGGCCACUUACAAGCUAUGCAGCGAACAGUUAUCUUCCCAGCAUCACUACGACUACGGAAUGCGAGCAGUGAAGUCAGUUCUCACUGCAGCCGGAAACCUUCGCCAGAACUGUCCAGAUGAAAGUGAUGAAUCCAGACUCAUUCUGAAGGCCAUUAUCGAUGUGAAUCUUCCAAAGUUUCUUGCUCAAGACAUCCCUCUAUUUGAGGGUAUAAUUUCAGAUCUCUUCCCAGGCGUACAAUUGGCUGAAACUGACAAUUCUGUAUUUAUGGCAGCUGUGAAUACUGCCUUGGCAGAUAGGCAACUUCAAUCUGUUCCCUGGUUUACCGACAAAAUCCGUCAAAUUUAUGAAAUGAUUCUGGUUCGACAUGGUCUGAUGAUUGUCGGAGAACCUUUGGGUGGGAAGACCCAGGCCUAUCAAGCUCUUGCAGAUGCUCUAACAAGCCUAGGAGAUUCUGGGGCAAUGCCGGAUGAAAGUGAAGUUCACUACGGGAUAAUCAAUCCGAAAUCAAUAACGAUGGGACAACUCUAUGGACAGUUUGAUGCCGUUUCUCACGAAUGGUCUGAUGGAGUCUUAGCAGUUCUCUUUAGAAAGUAUGCUCUGGCUCAAGAUGUUUAUCGAAGAUGGGUGAUAUUUGACGGGCCUGUGGAUGCCGUGUGGAUAGAGAAUAUGAACACAGUUUUGGACGAUAACAAGAAACUCUGUCUCAUGUCCGGAGAGAUUAUAGCCAUGUCAAAGAGAAUGAAUAUGAUCUUUGAACCUGCUAAUUUGGAUCAAGCUAGCCCCGCUACGGUGUCAAGAUGUGGAAUGAUCUUUAUGGAGCCUUCACAACUGGGUUGGAGACCAAUGAUGAAUUCCUAUUUGCAGCAUAAGUUGCCCCCUGCAUUAAGUGAUGAACAUCGAGAGCUACUGAUGGCUCUUUCUGAAUGGUUAAUUGACCCUUGUUUAGAGUUUGUGACAAACCAAUGCACCCAACUUCUUGAUAUCUCUGAAUUGCAUGCAGUAAAACAACUUAUUACCUUAUUUGAUGUCCAUUUGGAUCCAAUGCGUGAGCUCCAUUCAUUGAAAGGUGGUGGUGAGGAAGAAUCAGAACUGGCUGAUCAAGGUAAUUUUGGUCUAACCGAACAGACAAUUACUCUAUGGCUACAAGGCCUUUUCAUCUUUGGAAUAAUCUGGAGUAUUGGUGGUGCCCUUAACCACGACGAACGGGCACGCUUCGACAUCUUCUACCGUGAACUCUUAUCAAAUUCUGAGAAACGACCCGCCUCGGUCAAACUAGGAAAGAACACCUCUAUCCCCGAUCGUUUAACAGUCUAUGACUUUAUGUUUGAGCGCAAGUCAACAGGAACCUGGGUAGAAUGGGCUUCCAGAUUGAAUUCCUCUGAAAUUAGUCGCGAUGAGCGUCCGCAGGAUAUGAUUGUACCCACAACAGAAACUGUCAGAAUGUCAUAUUUCCUAGAUCUCUAUUUAUCGCAUAGAAUACCUAUGCUGAUUGUUGGUCCUACUGGAACUGGUAAAUCCGUAAUUGCGAACCAGCAUCUAGUCAAUUUAUCAAGAGACAUCUAUAUCCCAAACACGUUGAGUUUUUCUGCUAGGACAUCGGCGAAUUUAACUCAGGAGAUUAUUAUGUCUCGACUAGAUCGACGCAGACGCGGCGUCUAUGGUCCACCUCCAGGGAAACAGUGUAUUGUGUUUGUAGAUGAUCUUAAUAUGCCCGCGAAGGAGGUCUACGGAGCCCAGCCACCUAUUGAACUGCUGCGCAUGUGGAUCGAUCAUGGCCACUGGUAUAAUCUCAAGGACAACACUAAACAGUUUCUUGUCGAUGUGCUAUUUCUUGCAUCAAUGGGUCCACCUGGAGGAGGUCGCAAUGAGAUAAGCUCGCGGUUCACUCGCCACAUGAAUGUUCUCGGAUUGAACGAAUUCAACGACAGCAUAAUGAAUCGAAUCUUCACCGUCAUCGUGGACAGGCAUUUCUCUCAAGGCUAUGAUGCCCAAUUCAGUCGGCUGUCUAAGAUUAUGGUUCAAGCCACUCUGGAAACAUACAAGAACGCAAUCAAAUCAUUUUUGCCUACUCCAGCGAAAUCUCAUUAUAUCUUUAAUUUGAGAGACUUCUCAAGAGUUAUUCGAGGUGUUCUUCUCAUUCCACCGUUUGCUAUGAAGGAAGAACAGAAGUUUAUUCGUCUCUGGGUCCACGAAGUCUAUCGUGUAUUCUAUGAUCGCCUCACUCUGGACUCCGAUCGUAAAAAGUGGUUUGAAAUUGUCUCGAAUACGCUCAACUCCAUUUUCAAAGUUAACAUUAACAACCUCCUUGGCAAUCUUCGACCCGAUGGUGGUAAAAUUGAGGACGAUGAUAUUCGCUUAUUGAUGUUUGGUGAUUACAUGACGGAUGAGCAGAUCUAUGAUGAAGUUGUGAAUGCAGAUGAGUUGAAAAGCAGGAUACAGUACUUUUUGGAUGACUACAACUCGGUGAGCAAGACUCCAAUGAAUCUGGUACUCUUCAAAUACAUAUUAGAACACGUGAGUCGGGUCGCAAGAGUGCUCAAGCAAGAUGCGGGUCACUGUCUUCUUGUCGGCGUUGGUGGUAGUGGUCGACAUAGUGCGGCUCGAUUGGCUGCCUACAUGGCCGAUUACGAGCUCUUCACCAUCGAAAUUUCCAGAAACUACAGUGCUACCGACUGGCGGGACGACAUGAAGCGUCUGCUCCUGAAAACUGGUCUCAAUGGAAAGCCCACAGUCUUCCUUUUCUCUGACAGCCAAAUUAAGAUGGAGUCCUUCAUGGAGGACAUCUCAAUGCUUCUCAACUCCGGCGACCUUCCAAACAUCUUUCCACCUGAAGAAAAGGUGGAAAUCCUGGAUAAGCUACAGACGAUUGCCAGAGAGGCCGGCGCUAAAAUUGAGAAUUCGCCACUGGCAGCGUACAACAUAUUUAUCGAGCGUGUUAGAAAGAAUAUGCACAUUGUGCUAACAAUGAGUCCCAUUGGUGAUGCCUUCAGAAAUCGUUUGAGAAUGUUCCCUUCCCUCAUUAACUGUUGCACCAUCGAUUGGUUCCAAGUUUGGCCAGAAGAUGCACUUGAAAUGGUUGCUACCACAUCCCUAGUUGAUAUUGAACUAGACGAUGAAGUACGAAAAUCGAUCGUUCAUACAUGCAAACACUUUCACAAGAGCGUCAGACAACUUUCCGAGCGAUUCUUGAGCGAACUUCGACGUCAUAACUAUGUUACACCAGCCUCUUACCUUGAGCUAAUUCGGACGUUCAAGCAUUUACUUCAAGGAAAACGGGAUGAACUCACAAAACUUCGAAAUCGUUAUCUGGGUGGUCUGGGUAAACUUGACUUUGCAGCUCAAGAAAUUAGCAAAAUGAAGACGGAAUUAGUUCACCUACAGCCGAAAUUAGUUUCCGCGGGAGCUGAAGCAGAUGCGCUUUUGGAACGCGUCGCCAAGGAUACAAUAGAGGUUGACGCACAGAGAACUAUCGUCGCAACAGAUCAAAUGAUAGCUAAUCAACGACAAGCCGCCGCUCAGUCGAUAAAAGAUGAGUGCGAGGCGGAUUUGGCGGAGGCCAUGCCAAUAUUGACUGACGCUCUAGCAUCACUUGAUACAUUGAAACAGAAUGCAAUGAAGUCAAUGAAGAACCCGCCUUCUGUUGUAAAGCUUGUAAUGGAAGCUGUUUGUAUUAUGCUGCAAGAAAAGCCAGAACGGAGGCCCGAUCCGACAACGGGUAAAAUGAUGGACGACUACUGGGGUGUGUCCUUGAAGAUCUUGGGAGAUAUAAAAUUUCUGGAGAAGUUGAAAAACUACGACAUUGACAACAUUCCGCCUGCAGUGAUUAAGCGUAUUCGAGAUGUCUACAUUCCAAAUAAGGAUUUUGAUCCGAAGAUUGUCAGGAAUGCGAGCACGGCUUGUGAAGGUCUUUGCAAGUGGAUUAUUGCAUUGGAUAAGUAUGACACAAAUAAGAAAUUAGCUGAGAAAGUAGCAAUUCUUCAGGCAGUAGAGGACAAAAUGGAGAAGUUAAAAGAGGAAUUAGACGCAACGCAGAAGAGGAAGCAAGACCUCAUCGACCAGAUUGAUCUCUGUGGAAAGAAGCUCGAACGAGCCUCUCAACUAAUCAGUGGUCUAGGUGGCGAAAAAACACGGUGGACAGAGGCUGCUCAGGAACUCAAAGAUCGGUAUUACAACAUUACCGGAGACGUUUUAUUAGGAGCUGGUGUUGUGGCUUACCUAGGAGUGUUUACAGUAGAAUACAGAACGGACGUGUUAGAAGGUUGGCAUAAACUGGUGAAAGAGUUGAAAAUCCCUUGCUCAGAGCAAUUCAAGGUUUCUGAAACUCUGGGCGAUCCAGUGACUAUUCGAGAGUGGAAUAUCUCAGGACUUCCUGUUGAUGGCUUCUCCACAGACAAUGGAAUAAUUGUCUCAAAUUCCAAUCGAUGGUCUCUCUGUAUUGAUCCACAAGGUCAGGCGAACAAGUGGAUAAAGAAUAUGGAAAAAGAUCGAAAUCUUCAUGUUAUCCGAAUGACCGAUGGAAACUAUGUUCGAACUCUGGAAAAUGCAAUCCAAUUCGGAUGGCCUGUGCUUCUUGAAGAUGUAGGAGAAACGCUUGAUCCGGUACUCGAACCUAUUCUUCAGAAACUCGUCUUCAAACAAAGUGGAAGUAAUUACAUACGUCUGGGUGAAGAUGUACUGGAGUAUAGUGAUGACUUCAAGUUCUACAUCACUACUCGGCUUCGAAAUCCCCAUUACCUUCCCGAAAUUUCCGUUAAAGUUUGUCUGAUCAACUUCAUGAUUACACCAAUUGGUCUCACUGAUCAGCUGCUGAGUAUCGUUGCAGCUAAAGAGAAACCAGAAUUGGAGGCCACUAAAAAUCGAAUCAUCAUAGAAUCCGCAGAGAAUAAACGAAAGUUAAAGGAGCUCGAAGACAAGAUUCUGGAGGUUCUUAGUUCAUCUGAGGGAAAUAUUCUGGAAGAUGAAACAGCUAUCAAUAUUCUUUCCUCCUCAAGGAUUAUCUCACAGGAGAUUCAAGAGAAACAGCAGGUAGCAGAAAAGACGCAAAUGGAGAUUGAUGAGACAAGAGGCGGAUAUAUUCCGGUGGCGAAUCAUGGUGCCAUUCUAUUCUUCUGUAUCGCAGACUUGGGAAAUGUCGAUCCGAUGUACCAGUACUCUCUAUCCUGGUUUGUCAACCUCUUCAUAAUGUCCAUUGAUACGAGCGAAGCGUCAGAUGAUUUGGAUACACGAAUUAAGAAUCUAAAUGACAACUUUGCAAAAGUAAUUUACCGUAAUGUCUGUCGAUCUCUGUUUGAGAAAACGAAACUCCUGUUUUCGUUAAUAAUGUGCGUGGCAUUGCUGAAAUCAAAAGGUGAAGUGAACAAUGAGCAUUGGCGUUUCUUUUUAACUGGCGGAGUUGCUUUAGAGAAUCCCCACAAAAACCCCGCUCCUGAUUGGUUGAGUGAAAAGUCGUGGUCUGAAAUCGUACGAGCCAAUGAUCUUCCUGGCUUGAAUGGCUUCAUGCAAAGCAUAAGGAAAGAUCCAAAGAAAUGGAAAGCAGUCUAUGAAAGUCAAAAUCCUCACACAGAGAUCUUGCCUAAUCCAUUUGAAAAUACCACCGAUAUGAUUCGUCUCGUAAUUGUGCGAUGCCUCCGUCUCGACAGAGUUAUUCCUGCUGUCCAGAAUUUCAUCGUGAGCCACAUAGGUCGGCAAUUUUUGGAGCCUCCAGCCUUUGAUUUAGCCGACAGUUACAACGAUUCCAACUGCUGCACCCCCCUGAUCUUCAUUCUUUCAUCUGGAUCAGAUCCGUUGAAUGCUCUUAUGCGUUUUGGGGCUGAUAAGGGUAUUAAACCAACUGAAAUGCAGACCAUAUCUCUUGGUCAAGGCCAGGGACCUCUUGCUGAACGAUUAAUCAAAGCAGGAAUUGUGGAUGGUUCUUGGGUGAUACUGCAGAAUUGUCACCUAGCUGCGAGCUGGAUGCCGUAUUUGGAGAAGAUUUGUAAUGAGGUGAUUGUACCAGAAAAGACGCAUGCUAAUUUCAGACUCUGGCUAACCUCUUAUCCGUCUUCAGACUUUCCAGUGUCCAUUCUACAAAAUGGAAUUAAAAUGACUAACGAACCUCCAAAAGGUCUUCGAUCAAAUUUGCUUCGGUCUUAUUCAACUGAUCCAAUCUCUGAUAUGAACUUCUGGGAGGGGUGCAACAAGCCGCAAGUUUGGCACAAGAUGAUCUAUGGCCUCUGCUUCUUCCACGCACUUGUACAAGAGCGUAUCAAGUACGGUGCAUUAGGCUGGAACAUAGCAUAUCAGUUCAACGACUCAGAUCUGCGAAUUAGUGUUAGGCAGCUUCAGAUGUUCUUGAACGACUAUGAUGAUCUUCCUUUGGAUGCUCUGAAAUAUCUCACAGGCGAAUGCAACUAUGGAGGGCGUGUCACGGAUGCAAAUGAUCGUAGAUGCCUUGUCUCACUUCUGAGCAACUUCUAUAAUCACGAUCUUGUAUCUCGAGAAAAUUACAACUUAUCGCCGUCAGGAAUAUACCAAAUUCCUCCAGAAGGAAACUAUGCAAACUACUUGGAAUUUAUAAAAGCGCUUCCAAGUCUUCCCAGUCCGGAAGUCUAUGGGCUUCAUGAGAACGCUGAUAUUACCAAGGACAAUCAAGAAACGACACAGUUAUUCGAUGCCAUUCUACUUACUUUACCACGAGAAUCAGGAACUGUAGGUGAAGGAAAAUCAGAUGAAACGACAGUCAGCGAACUAGCAAUGGAUAUUCUCACCAAACUUCCAAAAGAAGACUUCGACAUCCACUCUGUAAUAAAACGCUAUCCCUUGACAUAUGAGGAAUCGAUGAACACAGUUCUUCGACAAGAAUUAAUUCGCUUCAAUUCACUGUCUUCCGUUAUUCGAAGUAGUCUUCAGAACCUUCUGAAAGCCAUCAAAGGCUUUGUAGUAAUGUCUGCAGAGCUAGAAGAGCUGUAUGGUUCGAUGCUAGUAGCGAAAAUUCCCGCAUUAUGGGCUAGCAAGUCCUACCCAUCUUUAAAAUCUCUUGGAAGUUAUGUCGUCGAUUUUCUUGCGAGAUUGAGUUUCUUCAGUGAAUGGAUAUUCCUAGAUUCUCCGCCAGUGUUCUGGAUAUCUGGUUUCUAUUUCACCCAGUCCUUCCUCACAGGAGUAUUGCAGAACUUUGCCCGAAAACAUACUAUUCCAAUUGAUAUGGUCGGAUUCGAUUUUGAAGUGAAGAAAGUAUACGUAUCUAGUGUGCUAGAACCCCCAUCCUCAUCCAAUUCGUCAGUUGGAAAGACGCGGAAGAACAAUUUUAAUGGUCUUCAACGUCCAGAUAGUGGAGCACUAAUAACAGGUCUCUUUAUGGAUGGAGCGAGAUGGGAUGCAGAGAUGGGCGUUAUCACUGAAUCAAAACCGAAAAUUCUUUUCGAUGCCAUGCCUGUGAUCUGGUUGGUGCCGAAAGAACUGGAGAAGAUAGAGAGGGAGUCCAAGUAUGUUUGCCCCGUCUAUAAGACUUCAAUUCGACGUGGAACUCUAUCAACUACUGGACAUUCCACAAACUUUGUUUUGUCGAUCCUCUUGCCGACUCACGAACCAGAGUCCCACUGGAUCAAUCGAGGAGUUGCUGCUCUAUGUCAACUCGAUGACUAG